AAUCAUUUUCAUUCAUACAAGAAACAAUGUCAUCAUGUACCCAUUUGUUUCUUCUUCUUCCACUUCUCUUGCUCACCAUUACCUUCCUCUCUCCUGCAACUGCAUUAUCCUCAAUCAAUCCAGGUGGAGGACACCAUCCAAAUGCCACACAAAGUUCUACUUCUAGCUAUCAGACAUACAUAUUGCUGGUUAACCCUCCUCCAUCCAUCGACACCGCCAGCGAAAAUGAGCACGGUUUAUGGCAUGAGUCUUUCUUGCCAAGCUCACUCACCGGAUCUGGCGAGCCGCGUCUCGUCCACUCCUACACCGAGGUGUUCAGUGGCUUCGCCGUGAGACUCACAAACUCCGAGCUCAGUUUGGUGUCCAAGAAGCCUGGGUUCGUGCGAGCAUUCCCUGACCGGAUUUUCCAGCCCAUGACCACACACACACCAAAAUUCCUUGGGCUGAACAAAGACAUGGGGUUUUGGAGAGGCGUUGGUUACGGGAAGGGGACCAUCAUCGGGGUUCUUGACGCCGGAAUCUAUGCUGCGCAUCCUUCCUUCGAUGACACUGGCAUCCCGCCACCCCCAGCAAAGUGGAAGGGUUCAUGCCAAGGCUCCGGUGCCCGGUGCAACAACAAGCUCAUCGGUGCCAAGUUCUUUGCAGGAAAUGAUUCCGGAGAUGAUAUAGGGCACGGGACACACAUCGCAUCCACUGCUGCUGGGAACUUUGUCAGUGGUGUGUCUGCCCGUGGUCUCGGCAUGGGCACCGCGGCAGGGAUUGCAGCCGGGGCGCACGUCGCCAUGUACAAGGUAUGCACUAUUGUGGGGUGUGCAACCUCAGCCUUAUUGGCCGGACUAGACGCGGCGAUCAAGGAUGGGGUCGAUGUGAUCUCACUCUCCCUAGCACCCUUUAAAAGUCUCCGCUUUGAUGAAGACCCGAUUUCCAUUGGUGCCUUUAGUGCUGUAUCUAAGGGCAUUGUCGUGGUAGGUGCGGCCGGCAAUAAUGGUCCCAAGGGGUUUCUUGCCAAUGAUGCACCAUGGAUCCUCACGGUCGGUGCCGGUUCGGUGGACAGAAGCUUUCGGGUUCUCAUGCAACUCGGCAACGGCUAUCAAAUUAACGGGGAAGCAUUUACCCAGGUAUCAAAUUCAAGCUCCAAGACAUUCCCUCUCUAUAUGGAUGAACAACACAACUGUAAGUCAUUUAGCCAAGGCAGCGUGACUGGCAAAAUUGUGAUUUGUCAUGAUACGGGCUCGAUAACUAAGUCUGACAUCCGUGGCAUAAUAAGUGCUGGCGCAGCUGGUGUGGUACUGAUCAACAAUGAAGAUGCUGGCUUCACCACUCUUCUCCAAGAUUAUGGUUCAGGUCUCGUCCAGGUGACAGUUGCCGAUGGAAAUAUCAUAAAAAAAUAUGUGUUGUCAGGAAGCAAAGCAGCUGCAAGUUUCGUCUACAAAAACACCCUGCUCGGUAUUCGUCCAUCUCCAACCGUCGCGUCGUUCUCAUCCCGUGGUCCAAGCAAGUAUUGCCCUGGCGUUCUCAAGCCAGACAUAUUAGCUCCAGGGCUCAACAUCAUCGCUGCGUGGCCACCGGUCACCAACUUCGGCACCGGGCCUUUUAAUAUCAGAUCCGGGACAUCCAUGUCAACUCCGCACAUUAGUGGCGUUGCUGCUCUUGUCAAGAGCUCUCAUCCGGACUGGUCAGCGGCCGCCAUCAAGUCAGCUACCCUCACUACAUCUGAUGCCACAGAUAGCAACGAUGGACCGAUCUUGGACGAGCAACAUCAAAGGGCAAACGCAUAUGCCACAGGUGCAGGGCAUGUAAACCCUGCAAGAGCCAUCGAUCCUGGGCUAGUUUAUGAUCUAGGCGUCACUGAAUAUGCCGGCUAUAUCUGCACGCUGCUAGGAGACCAUGCCUUGGCAACCAUCGUGCGUAACUCAAGCUUGACUUGCAAGGAUCUUACCAAGGUACCUGAAGCGCAGCUGAACUACCCAACCAUAACGGUGCCGCUCAAGCCCACGCCGUUCACAGUGAACCGGACGGUGACCAACGUUGGGCCUGCAAAUUCGACAUACGAACUCAAGUUGGAUGUGCCCGAGAGUCUGAAAGUGCGUGUCUUGCCGAAUACGCUGGUGUUCUCCAAGGCCGGAGAGAGGAAGUCGUUCAGUGUAACAGUGAGCGGUGGUGGCGUUGAAGGGCAAAAAUUCGUGGAGGGGAGCUUGAGGUGGGUUUCAGCAAACCAUAUUGUGCGUAGUCCGAUCGUCGCUGUUGCAGGUCUAGGUUCCACUUAGUUAUCAAGUAGAUCCUUCAUGAAUCUCUCCAAUGUAGCAAACUUUGUGUGAUGUGUGGAAUAAAUGAUGCUCUGAUAAAA